CAGCGGGGCGGCCUGCCGCGGCCCUCUGUGGCUGGGCUCGAGGUGGGAGCGCGCGCGCGCUGGGGACUCUUUGUCGUGGCGGAGGCGGCGGUCGCCGUGGACGCGUCACGCCCGGGGGAGGUGCUGUACGUCCAAGAUGGCGGCGCCCUGUCGGCUGGAAGAACUGUGAGGUAAACAGCUGAGGGGGAGGAGACGGUGGUGACCAUGAGAGACACCAGGUUGACAGCACUGGAAACUGAUGUGCCAGUUGUCCCCAGAACAGGCUGGUCGCGGCGCUGAUGAGGAGCCGUCAGAGCCUCUGAUGCGCAUCCUGGACCCGGCGGGGUGCACAGCGUGAGAGAAUGGCCCAGCAAGCAAAUGUUGGGGAGCUCCUCUCCAUGCUGGACUCCCCCGUGCUGAGCGUGCGUGACGAAGUGACGGCCGUCUUCAAGGAGAACCUCUCUGCUGACCGUGGUCCAGUGCUCGUGAACACCUUGGUGGACUACUACGUGGACACCAGUUCUCAGCCCGUGCUGCACAUCCUGACCACCUUGCAGGAGCCACAUGACAAGCACCUCCUGGACAAAAUGAACGAGUACAUGGGCAAGGCCUCCCGCCGGUUGUCCGCCCUGGCACUCCUGGGGCACGUGGUGAGGCUGCAGCCGCCGUGGAAGCACAAGCUCUCCCAAGCGCCCCUCCUGCCUUCUCUGCUCAAGUGUCUCAAGACAGACACGGAUGUUGUGGUGCUCACGACGGGCGUCUUAGUGCUGAUAACCUUGCUACCGAUGAUCCCGCAGUCGGGGAAGCAGCACCUGCACGAUUUCUUUGACAUUUUUGGCCGUCUUUCGUCGUGGUGCCUCAAGAAGCCAGGCCACGUGACAGAAGUCUGCCUCGUCCACCUCCACGCCAGUGUGUAUGCUCUCUUCCACCGCCUCUACGGAAUGUACCCUUGCAACUUUGUCUCCUUUCUACGCUCUCACUACAGUAUGAAGGAAAACUUGGAGACUUUUGAAGAAGUGGUCAGGCCGAUGAUGGAGCAUGUGCGAAUCCAUCCGGAGCUAGUGACUGGAUCCAAGGACCACGAACUGGACCCUCGCAGGUGGAAGAGGCUGGAGACGCACGACGUCGUGAUCGAGUGUGCCAAGAUCUCGCUGGACCCCACGGAGGCCUCGUGCGAAGAUGACUAUUCUGUGUCGCUCCAGCUCUCGGCCCGCCCUCCGCCUCGUUGUGCCGAUGUCACCACCAGCCCCUCCGUUGACACCCAGAAUAGCUGUGGGAGUGCUGCUUCUACCCCUUUCUCCACUCCUCGGCUGACGUUGAACACGCCAGGGCAGCUACCUCAGAGUCUGAGCUCCCCCUUGACACGGCUGCUAGCUGAGCCGCCACAAGCCGCUCUUUGGAGCCCGUCUGUGGUUUGUGGUAUGACCACUCCGCCGACUUCUCCUGGAAACGUCCCGCCUGAGCUGCCCCACCCGUGCGGCAAAGCCUUUGGCACAGCUGGUGGGAAAGGCACCCCCCUGGGGACCCCGGCCACCUCUCCGCCCCCAGCCCCGCCCUGCCACUCUGAGGACUGCAUGCACGCCGCACCGCCGCAGGCCGCGACCCCCAAGAAGGAAGAGAAGACAGAAGCUGCGAGGCCCUGUUUCCACAGACCGCCCCAUCCUCCCCAUGACCGAGGGUUAGAAGAGCUCCCUGGUGGCAAAGGCUCCGUCACACUGCGCGACCUUCCCGGGUUCCUGGGCGGCCUGGCCUCUGAAGAAGACAGUGUCGAAAAGGACAGAGAAGAAGCGGCGAUAUCUAAAGAACUUUCUGAGCUCACAACAGCCGACACCGAGCCCCUGGUUCCUCGGGGGGGCUUCGACUCUCCCUUCUACCGAGACAGCGUCCCGGGCUGUCCGCGGAAGGCCCCCUCAGCCACCUCCAGUGCUCCCGGCACCAGUGUGAACCCUGAGCCCUUAAGCGCUCCCCUGGACAAGUCUGGGCCUGACACACCAAAGCAAGCCUUUACGCCCAUAGACCUGCCCUGUGGCGGCGCCGACGAGAGCCCGGCCGGCAGCAGGGAGCGCCAGCCUUCCCUGGAGACCAGCAUCCUCACUCCCAGCCCUUGUAAAAUUCCGCCUCAGAGGGGAGUGGGGUUUGGUAGUGGGCAGCCUCCCCCCUACGAUCAUCUUUUUGAGGUGGCCUUGCCAAAGACUGCCCAUCAUUUUGUCAGCAAGAAGACGGAGGAACUCUUAAAGAAAGCAAAAGGAAACGCCGAGGACGCCUGCACGCCCUCCACCUCCCCGGCGGAAGUGCUGGACAGGCUGAUACAGCAGGGCGCCGAGGCCCACAGCAAGGAGCUGAGCAAGUUGUCUUUACCCAGCAAGUCUGUGGACUGGACCCACUUUGGAGGCGCGCCUCCCUCGGACGAGGUCCAGGCCCUCAGGAACCAGCUGCUCCUGCUGCACAACCAGCUGCUAGAGCGCUCUAAGAGGCAGCAGAACGCGCUGCGGAACAGGUGGCUCCUGCGCAAGGUGGUCAAGGCCGCGGCGCUGGAGGAGCACAACGCCGCCAUGAAAGACCAGCUGAAGCUGCAGGAGAAGGACAUCCAGGCGUGGAAGGUUAGUCUGCAGAAGGAGCAGGCCAGGUACACGCAUCUGCAGGAGCAGCGAGACACGGUGGUCGCACUCCACAGCCAGACCCGCCAGCUGCAGCACAACCAGGAGGAGUUCUACAACCAGAGCCAGGAGCUGCAGACAAAGCUGGAGGACUGCAGGAACAUGACCGCGGAGCUGCGUGUGGAGCUGAAGAAAGCCAGCAGCAAGGUGUGCCGCACGGAGUUGCAGCUCAGCCAGGUUUCUCAGAAGCUCUCCAACAGCGAGUCGGUGCAGCAGCAGAUGGAGUUCCUGAACAGACAGCUGCUGGUUCUCGGGGAGGUCAAUGAGCUGUACCUGGAACAGCUGCAGAACAAACACUCGGACACCUCGAAGGAAGUGGAGAUGAUGAAAGCUGCCUAUCGGAAAGAACUAGAGAAAAACAGAAGCCACGUCCUCCAGCAGAGUCAGAGGCUUGACACCUCCCAGAAGCGCAUUUUGGAGCUGGAGGCGCACCUGGCCAAGAAAGACCACCUUUUUCUGGAGCAGAAGAAAUACCUGGAGGAUGUCAAGGCCCAGGCAAGAGACCAGCUGCAGGCGGCGGAGAGCAGGUAUGAGGCACAGAAAAAGAUCACCCAGGUGUUCGAGCUGGAGAUCCUGGACUUAUACGGCAGGUUGGAGAAAGACGGCCUCCUGAAAAAACUUGAAGAGAAAACAGAAGCAGCCGAAGCGGCGGAGGAAAGCUCGUCCAGGCUUGACGGCUGUCGUGACGGCUGCUCAGACUCUGCCUUUGGGCACGGCGAAGAGGCCCCUGGCCGCAACGGUGAGACCAAGGCCCUGCGUGCCGGCGGCGUCCGGGGGGGCGGCGGCAGCAGCAGCGAGCUCUCCACCCCAGAGAAGCCCCCCAGCCAGAGGGCGGGCCCCUUCAGCAGCCGGUGGGAGACGGGCGCGGCCGAGCCCGCGGCCUGCAGCAUCCCCACGACCGUCGGCUCACUGCCCGGCUCCAAGAGCUUCCUGGGCAUGAGGGCCCGAGAGCUGUUCCGCAUCAAGAGUGAGAGCCAGUGCGACAAGGACGGCGUGGCCGCCAGUCACCUUUCUGAGACCCCAAAGACAGAACCGGGCACGGACUCGGGGGCGGAGGCCAAGACCCCCCUGGGCCCUGGUGGCCGGCACCCGUCUCCCCUCACCCCGGACAGUGCUGGACAGCUCUGCAUCAUGGACUACAACGAGGCUCAGCACGAACACAGCUAAGGGCGACAGCCGCGGUGUCAGCUUGGCCACGCCAGGGCGUGGAGGCGCGCACGCACGCGGGACCUGGCGCGCCCCCUCGGGCUGGGUGCAGCUCGGCCGGGGAGCGGGAAGGAGGCCCUUUGGAUAGUCGAUUGGAUGCAGAAUGGUGUUUGGAUCUGGCGUUGCAACGCCUCAGCCCUCCCUGACCACCCCCCCCCCCGGCCCGGUGGAGGGCGGUUUGCGCCCUCCCCGGCGUUAUCGUUCUCCUCCUCCCCGAACGGUCGCCUCCCCUGGACCUGUGCAAUACGAGGCCAGAGUGAGUCUGUGUAU